AUGAGAAUUAACAAAUAUAAGGUUAACAUAUAAAUUUUCAAUUACUAUCAAAUGAUAAUGUAACUAAAAUUCAAAAAGAGAAAAUUUAAGAUGAAAAUUAAACUACUUUUAAAUAUAAAAUAAUAUUAGAGUGAAAUAAUCAAAAUAGAAGGCUGAAGAUAGAAGAAAUGAAUUAAUAUUAGUUUCCUGGGCAUUAUAUUAUUAGAAAUUUAUAAUUCCUGAAUUUCCAAAAUAAUUCAAGGAACAAGUCAAGAAAUCUUUAACAAAAUAAGAUAGGUUAUUAAAUCUAAUGAUAGGAUCAGAUUGUAGUAUUUAUUAGAGUUAAUGGAUUAAGGGUAUGUAUUAAUUAAAACAUAGAAUGGAAUAUGGAUAUAAAUUACAUCUUCUUAGGAGUUUCGAAAAAGGGAAAAAAGAAUGUAAAGGUAUCAUGCAAUAUCUUGAUAAGUCUCAAAUUUGAAGUGUGAGUUUAAUUGAACAAAAUAUAUUUUAAUGGUANAGUAUUUGUAGCUAGUCAUAAUGAACAAACAAUAGAUUAAGUAAAAGAAAUAAUGAAUAGAUAUUCUAUUCCUAAUUAAGGAGGUAUAUUUUAUUAUUAAUUAUUUAUAUAGAUGUUUUAUUUGCUUAAUUAUAUGGAUUAUCUGAUCAUGUCACUUAUUAAUUAGCUAGUGAAGUAUUAAAUUAUUUAUAUUAUUUAGGGAUAUAAAAUAUAUAAAUAUGUACCUUUUGGAAAAACUGAGAUAAUGAUUCCUUACUUAAUGAGAAGAGCUUAAGAAACGAAGAAAGUAUUGUAAUCAAGUUCUUUGUAAACACUUUUGUUAAUUGAUGAAUUAAAAUAUAGAUUAUAUUUUAAAUGA